AUGAGAGACGAGGAGCAGGCUGGUGGAGAUCAUCCGGUGGGAGAGGUGGUUUCCAAUGAGGAGAACACCGGGAAACCAACUUCAAAUACCUGUCCUGUCCUCGUGGCGACACCUGGAUUUCGAAGGCGAAAACGACACACAGGCCCACCUGAGACGGACGACACUACCACAGUCACAUCAAUUGACGACGAGCCUGGAGACGACGUCCGGAUCGAUACGCCAACCCGAACGAAAAAACGGUGUCCUGAAAAUCUGCGAUCUUCAUCAGGACAAUCCCUUUCUCCGAUUCCAGUUCUUAAUCCUGGAGCAUUGUCACCUCUCGAGGACCCACAUGGCCAACGGGUGAUCGCCAACAUCCGGGAGCGGCAGAGGACACAAUCUCUCAACGACGCUUUUGCUUCUUUGCGUAAAAUAAUACCAACGCUGCCUUCGGAUAAGCUGAGUAAGAUUCAGACUCUUAAACUGGCGUCGCGCUACAUCGACUUCUUGUACCAGGUUCUGCAAAGCGACGAGAUGGAUUCAAAGAUUAACGGCUCUAACUACCUGGCUCACGAGAGACUAAGCUAUGCCUUUUCUGUCUGGAGGAUGGAGGGGGCUUGGUCCACCAUGUCUGCCAGUCAUUAG